UAAUUUUAAAUUCUGGGGUUUUUACUCACUGAUGAAUGGGCUGUGAUUUGAACUCGCAAGUGUGGUUGUUUUUUCAUAGUUUUUAAUGCGUUUUUACAGACUCUUUGUAUGAAGGAAGACAUUGCAAUGGCAGGACAUACAGGAUGUAUGAUUGCAACACAUGAGUAUAGAACGCAGAUGUAUGUGCAAUAUAUAAGCCCUUCCAAGCAUAGGAACGGGUACCAAUUUGCUGCCUCCAUCUCCAAGUUGUUGCAGAAAAUCCUAGGUACAUGCUAGGUGUUCUAGGAGAGAGGUAUAUAUCAGAAAUUUAUAAAUAGUUUGUUUCAAAGAGAACUGAAACUAUUUGCCUGCAUAUAGCAGAUGGCCAGUGUUAGACAUCCGUACAGUAGUGCAAGAAUAAAAGUCGGGGGAAGAGAUUACGUGGAGUUUCGAUGUAACCCUUGAAAGCUUUGCUUGCUGUGGUUUGGUGUUGUCUUCACAGAAGAAUGUACUUGAGGGAGGGGAGACCAGGCUGUAUUUCAUUGCUUUACAAAAGUGUAGGGUCCUGCAUUGUACUUUUGGAGUGCCGUGGACACAGGCUGCUGUCGGGAGCUGGCUUUCUCCUUCAGUCUUUUACUGCAGAGAGCUCCUGUCGGGAGUAAGCAUUACAUAAACUCAUCUGCUUUACACAUCAGCAGUAGGAGGAGAAAGGAAAUGAUGUGGAAGUUUAGUCUUUAAUGUAGCAGAAUUCUCAGAGAGGCCAAGGUCAUUUCGUGUUUGAACACAAGAUAGUAUGACUGGUUAGAGAAGACUUAGUUGUCAGCUAUAUAUGUAUUUUUAUGUGCUAUUUAUGAUGUUAAACCUUUCAAGGGCUACGGUUUCAAACCUUACCAGCCACAAACACCAAACAGGCAAACUCACGUGUAGGUGCAGACACAAACCAACUACGUGGUGAAUACGAACCAUUACUUUGAAGUUGUGAGUUUUACCCCUCUUGUGCAAGGGGUUUAAUUUGGCCCCUGCUGGCUCUUGGUUAGGACAGAUCAGCUUAGAAUCUGGUCUAAUCUGAAGACCUCGGUCCAUUUUAUUAUAUCAGAGCUCUCUGAUCUUCAGAUGGCUGGCCCAGGUGGAAGUAUAGGGGAAGAUCUUCAAGUUACACCAUGAGCAUUGCCCAAAUGCAGUGGUAUAAAGUAUUUCCACGGCGGAGGGGUGGGAUCCCUCUCUGUCAAACCUACAGCAGUGGAGACCUCCUGGCCCUCAGGAGACUUCUGGGCGUUUCUGAUGCCUUUUCUUAGAGUAACAUAUGAAGGUGGUUAAGUGCAAAUAUGAAUUUGGUGAUUUGGUUGGAAUGUGUCAAAGAAAAAUAAUUUCUGUCAUAAGAGGAAGAGGAGAACUUUUCUGCUCUUUCCUCCUAGAUUUCUGAAGUCCAUUUAUAGUGAUACAAAAAAAGCUGUCUAUGUGGAAAAAAUCAGAAUGAAUGACAGCUAAGACGUAAUGAAAAUGAGGUUGGUAAAUCAGUGUAAUGGCUGGUGUCCUGCUGCAAUACAUAGUUCAUACGUAAUUUCAUUUCUAGUUUCGUAUGUGAGCGCUAGAGAAUACAAGUACAGGGAAUGGCAAGUCAUUACAAACCUUUUUACAUAAGAGGGAGGAAAAGGAAGUCAUCUUUAUGGGUAUUCUUCAAACUGCGAGGAUCUGUUGGAGCAAGGGCAAGCUUGUGGCCAAACUCUAAAAUCCUUCCAUAGUGCAAACUUCCAUGAAAACCAAGGAGGAUUUGGCCUGGGAUUUAGUCUUGGAAAAAUACGUGUGAAUAACUUAAUUUCUAAUUAGUAAGUCUGUUAGGUCUUUCGAGAUUAAAUUCUAGGUUCAGAGGCUGACUGGGAACUGCUGGAGCCUCCUUCAGUGAAAAAGGAAAAAAAAAAAAAAAAAGGAAACUCUGUAGAUUUCUUUCUAAGAACAUAUAAAAUAUGCUUCCUUCUAUUUACAAAAUAAAACCACCCCUCGGCUGUGUAUCUAAUCAGUAAACAUGGUAGCCCAUGUGGCAUGACUGAUUAAUAUACCCCUCAGACAUAGGGAGUAGCAUGAGGCAAGGCGACGUGCGUUACUUGGCACUUGCCAUCCUGCCAACGCCUUGAGGUAUUUUCUACACGAUGGAUUAUUAAUGCAGCCAGCAGUUCUUACAUUGCUUUACAAAGUUUAAAAAAAUACAACCCACACACGCACAAAAAGAUUUCUCCACAGUCUUCGCCUCAAAACUAAGCAACGUGUGCUUCCCCAUUGGUGUGCCUGGAUCUUACCUUUAGAUGUGAGAGUAAAUGAAUGUGGUGGCCGCUCACCCCUUGACCUCUUCCCUCUUGCUGCUACUGAAACCAACUGUAGUUUUUGUAAUUGGGGAGCUUAAUAGCGUGCCUGAUCCGGCGGUAACAACUUUCUGCAUUAACCUGAGGUAGAUGCGAGUCAGUCCACUUGGCAGCUGCUACGGCUUUGUUCUCUGCCUGUGUCCAUCCAUGUGCCCCCGUUCACUAAGAGCAUGUGGGUGUAUGCAUGUGUGUGAAUAAUGGGUUACUAAGUAUUUAGAACAUCAAAGCCUUUCUGUGGUUUUGUUUUAAUCUUAAAAAAUAGUUAACAAGAAAAAUCUGUGUCUCCAUUGGUGUCUAGGAACAGCAAAACAUCAUGAUUACUACUCCCAUUCCCCAGCCAUUCCCAGCUCCCCUGUUCCCCUUAUUUUUCCCGUUACUCUUUCUUGUCUGCUUUGAAACUUCUUUCCUGUUCAGGAAUUGGCCGUGGGUCUGAUUGCCUGCUAAAGUCUAAUCCCAGCUUUCCUGUAUUCAGAAGCUGAUGCCAGAUGUUCUUUAGGGUUCUUUCCCCUCCUCCCUUUCUUCCCUUGUGGACUUGUGGCCCAUAGAACCAGAAAUCAUACAGGCAAGGGAUGGCUCAGCAGUCCGGAUGCAAACUCAGGAGACUUGAGUUUGAUUUUCACUGUGACGGAUUUCCUGGAUCACCUGUGACAGGUCAGUGAGGCCAAGGGUCCUCAGCAGAAGAUGUGUGUAUCUACAGAGAUGUAGGGCUCUAGAUGCUGGGCUUCUUGUGCCUCCCGUAUCUGUAUGCCAUAGGGUCACCUCAGGUGGGGAGCGUGAAGGAUUGCAAGGUGAUAAUUUCAUAUGGUAACAAGGGUCAUAAGGAUCUUGGACACAAAGGGUAAGGAUGCAGGUAAGGAUGAAAUUGCAAGUAUUAACCACGUGCAUUUCUGUUUUAGGUGCGUUCCCUUCAAGCCACAUUUGGAGAAUUUGAAUCUAUGAUGAAAAUUGCUCAGCAGAAGCAGGAGGUUACCGAGAAGGCUGUUAAACAAGGGGAGAAUGAAAUAAACCGGAUCAGUGAAGUGCUUCAGAAGCUGCAAAAUGAAAUUUUGAAAGACUUGUCUGACGGCAUCCACAUGGUGAAGGAUGCAAGGGAACGAGACUUCACAUCUCUGGAAAACACAGUGGAAGAGAGACUGACAGAGCUAACCAAGUCUAUAAAUGAUAACAUUGCUGUGUUCACUGAAGUCCAGCAAAGGAGCCAAGAUGAAAUCAGCAGUAUGAAAGCAAAGGUUGAUUCACUAGGAGAGGCAGAUGUGUAUAAACAUGAAAUUAAGGUGCUAAAAGAUGCUUUUGAUGAGAUGCAAGCAUCCAUGAAAACCAAAGAAAAGGAUAUAGAGACCUUGAAGAGUACAAUAGACUCCAUGGAGUCUGAUGUGUAUACUGAAGUGAAGGAGCUAGUCAACCUCAAACAAGAACAUGAGAAAUUCAAAGAGGCUGCGGACACUGAACACCUUUCAUUAAAAGCUUUACAAGAGAAAGUUCUGAGAGCUGAGGAUUCUAUUAUGCAGCUCCCUGAUGACAUUAAAAGACUCGGUGAAGAUAUACUGCAAGUUAAAGCUGACCUCAACAAAUGGGAAGAAAAUGAAGUCCUCAGAAAAGCAUUAGAAACUUUUGGGAAGAACAGUGAAGGACUGGAGUCUCGACUGAGACACAUAGAAGACAGCUUGGAGUCUCUGAAUUCUGUUGCUGCUCAGAACAGUGAAAAGUUGCAAUCUUUCCUUUCUAAGGAGGCAGAACACGAGAAUAAGCUCAGUACCCUAGAACAAAGCAUUACUGCUCUUCAGGGAAUCUCAGAGCUGGAUGUAACUUCAGUCACAGAUGUUCUGAAACAUCUUGGUGAAUCACAGACCUCACUGUACAGCGACAUGGAAGACUUGAGGAGAAGCAUCAGUGACCUGCCAUCCUCCGGUGCUCUUCAGGAUGUCCAGAAGCAAAUUAGUACUUUGUUGGAUCAAGGAAGUCUUCAGACAGGUCAACCAGAUUCUCAAAGCUAUCUUGAAAAAUUUUCUUCUGUGGAAGGCUCUGUAGAUGAACUGAGAUCUUUUGUCAGCCAGGUUGAUUCCGAUUUGAAAAUGAUAAGAACUGCAGUGGAUAGUUUAGUCUCCUACUCAGUGAAAAUUGAAAAUAACGAGAACAACUUGGAGUCUGUGAUGAGCUCAGUAGAUGACCUGAGGAAUGAUCUGGAAAGGUUGUUUGUGAAAGUAGAAAAAAUACAUGAAAAAGUUUAGGCAGCAAUGCUCCUUGUGCAAAUAAUGGAUUAAGGAGAAUAGCUUUUGUAUGCCCAGUUUUUUUACUCUUUUUAAAAGCAAUUUGAUACCUCCAAAGAGAAUAAGAAUACUUUAAUAAUAGAGACAGUUCUGCUUAUUUCCUUUAUUUCUCUUUUGGGUAGUGUUUUUUUGUUUUGUUUUUUAAUUUUAAGAAAGCCUGAGUUUAGUUGGGGGUUGAGUUUCUAAGGGCUCAUCCUCUCUAUAAAGUUGUACCGCUGUAGCUGCAGUGGUAUAACUAAAGCACUACAGCCUCAUUAGCACAGGCACAUAUUUAAUGGCAUGAAGAUGUUUCACAUAGAUGGCACUAGAUAUCCCACACAGAAGGGCUACAGCUGUUCUGGUACGAAAAGCAUAUUGCUGUACACGCUGAGAAUUUUACUGGUAUGUUUUGGUGUAAGAAACAAAUGAACAAAACUAAACCCCUGUCUUAAACUGUUUAGACCGGUAAACCUAAGUGUGGACCAGGUUUGAAGCAACUCAUCCUUUUCUGUAGUUUGCAACUCAGCCAUGUGGCCAGUUCACCAGGUGUCAGUUGAGCUGUAGUGUAUUUCUGUGAGUCCUUAAUCUGUACCAAGGAGCUAACAAGGGGUUACCUGAACCCCCCCGAAAGGAAGGUUUUUGAGGUAGGUGGCAUUGCUUGGGCCUAAGACCUAGGAGAGGUGUUCCACCAGGUGGCUGGGAAGAAGCAUUGUGAUUGUAGGCUUCUUUGCCAGCAUCUUCAGCUGCUGGUGUAGAAGACCAGUACUUAGAAGGCACAUCUGAAUGACGGGAUUAGUUUCAAGAGGGUACAGUAUUGUUUUUGUCGUAUUUUUGGGUUGUUUACAUGAAGAGGCUGUGUCUUUCCUGGAAAAGCCUAAUUUGCGUGCGAUACAGGAUUUUCUGUAAAAAUUAUUGCGGAUUUCAGUAAGGAAAGAGAAGGACUAAAAUUGCACCUCUCGUGUUCCAUGUGUAGCAAGCAUGCUAAAGAUAAUAGUACACUCCAAAACACACAAGGGGGAAAUUCACCAUGAAAUCAGCAGAAUUGCUUCUAAGGUGUAUACAUUUCCAAGUUUCACACAGCUGACGGUGACCUGAACUGUUGUUACGUGUUUGGGACUUGCUGCCUGAUUCUUGUCACUGUUGUUGUCACCAGGUGUCUGCCUGGGGCACUGGUAGCAAAGGAUCCUUCUAGGAACUGGCUGAGAGUGAGGAAAAAGUGUCAUAAUUCUCUAGAUGUUUAUUUAAAAACCACUUUCUCAAGGAGCUUUCUUGGUUUUCUGUCUUUUUGGAAAGGAUUUCUAAUAUCCCUCCUUUUCAAGUUUACGAACUUUAUCCCAAGAUUUGGUAAAGGGGUCUGCACACAGACACCUUGGAAAUCAGCCGUGCGCAUCAUGCCCACCUCAGCCUGUGCUAGCCAGAUCCGUGGCUAUGCUAGAAGAGUUCCUAGAAACAGCACCUCCUAGAAGUGGUGUGCUUGUGGGAGCAGCGCAGGUGAAAAGGAGUUCUCCUUGGUAAAUAAGAUACUGAACCAUAUCUAGUGUUGUUCCCACUGUAAACAGGAAAGAAUUGCUGGCAAAGAAAGAGGGACCCACAGCAUUAAGGUAACUGUUGUCACUGUUGGAACUGCACUGUUCUUCGUUGACUUCUCAAGUUCUUGAACAAUGUUGUUUAGGUUACUGUGAAAUGAACUGUAUGGCUUAUUUGCGGUAUUUUUAAUACAUAAUAAACA